AUGGGAUCCUUAACGAUUCUCGUGUUGCAAUUUUUGUUCGGUUGCGUUGGCGUAAACGUUUUAUCACUGGCUUCGAUAGACGAUCACUUGGACGAGAGAUUGAGGCAAACGAAAAUCGAGAUAGCCAAGCUCCACUUUCGAGAGGAACCACCAGUUCAAAGAAAACUGUACAACGUGCAAUGGAACCAACUGUGGGAAAAAGACUUUGGUGAACAAAGACCGUUCGUGGUGAACGCGUUUAACAAGGCUCUCGUCGUCCAUGGGGAUCGCGUCGUAGCGUUUCCCAUCGACGCAGAAUCGAACCAGACCGCGUUUCAAGAAGUCCCUUUAACGCGAACCGAUGGCCCCAUUAAGUUCGUCAGGAGCAUUGUCUGGAAGACCAUGAUGUAUCUGCUGGUUUGCUACGAGACUGGGUCGUGCAGUCUCUACACGUGCACGGUUGAUUUUCAGUUGAGGCACCGGCAAACCAUGCGACACAGGGGAUACCCCAUGGACGCCAUCUUCUUCGUCCGCGUCAACCGACUCUAUCUCGUGGUGGCUGAUAAUUCCGGCCGAUUUACCAUGCCAUCUUUGAUCUAUCAUUGGAGAGGUACAUACAUGGACGUGGUGACGGAGGUGAUGACCACGGCUGCCGUGUCGGUGACCGCGUUCAAGCACAAACAGUCGACCAUCAUAGUGUUCGCUCAGAACGAUAAAAGCCUCCCUGGCAUCGGCUCGAUGGUGUACGAGUUCAAGGAGACCAGCCCAGACAGAAUACAGUUCCUGUCGACCUACGACCCGGUGUUCGUCCACCAUUACAACCACGCUGGCAACAGUUUCAUCUUUUUGUCGAACGAAUACGGUCCUAGCAGCUUGUUUUGGUGGGAUGGGCUAGAGUUGCUGAGAUGGCAGCAAAUACCUGAAAUCGAGGCGCCCAGUUUGAUCUCCGUGAUCAACGCAAACGACGACACGUUCUUCGUCGUGGGCCGCCAUGACACUCUGCAACUGUACAAGUUCGAGAACGCAUCGGAUUGCACCCUAUUGAGCUCCACCAAAGUGCUAAACACCGAGACCGUGGUCGACGUACAGGCCGAAAUUGGGAGAUCUAAGAUGGUGCUGGUCACCAGGAACCUGGACAACGUUUACAGCGUCAGAUUAUGGGAUUUGCAGAUCAAGGAGCUUCCUUCCGAACACUCGACCGUGGAGACGGAUGUCCUGGUGAGACACUUGUCGAAGCUCGUCGAAGCGUUGCAACGAAGAAGACCGUUCGUGGAGGAGGCUGAGUCCUCGUGGCCGGCUCUGCUCCCAGCAAACGAAGAUUUAACGUUGUCGGAGCCCCUGGUGCUGCCAGGUUUGGUACUGGAAUCGGGAACCUUGGGGAACAUCGACGUCUUCGUGGCGGAAGACGUAAUUCCUCCGCAGGAGCUUGAACGAAACUUGGACGCUUUGAUUCGCGAUGUUGACGACAUUUUCGAGACGUCGAAGAACCUUCUAACGUCGGAUAAUGUAAAUUCCUUGGUCGGAGAUAUCGUCGUCCAGGGCGAUGCAUCUGUCCAAAGGCUAGAAAUCGACAAGAUGGACGUGAAUUUUCUUAACAACGUUGACAUUCGACCAAAGGAUGAUUGGAACCAGAGCUCAGAUCAUUUGACCAUUUGGCCUCUGCGCGGGGAAAAUAUCACCGUGCAUAAUCUCGAAAUCGACUCUCUUUGCGGAAUCCCGUUUCAAUAUUGGGCGACCAGUAACGAUACAUCAAAAAUGGAAAUAAACCUGGAUGCAACUAAGAUCGAAUUUUCGAACGACACUAUACUUCUACAUUCAAACGUUUCGUUAACAAAACUGACCACCAAAACAUUAAAUGGCGUAGAUGUCAACAAAUUCCUCGGCGAGCUGUUUCUUUUGAAUAAAAAUCAGACAAUUCAAGGGAAUAUUACGUACAACGGUGCAUUAGAAAUCUACAAUCUUACCACGCAAACUUUGAAUGGAAAACCAUGGGAGAGCUAUAUGAACACGAAAACUGAGCAGAACUUCGACAACUUCUCCAUAAACUCUCUUCGUGUGGAUAACUUGCACGCUGAUUCGAUCCAUGGGGUUCUGGUGUCAGAGGCUGCUCGAGUAUCCCGUGAAAAUACCAUAAAAGGAAAAGUGAAUAUUGCAAGCUUGCAUGUAACGGAGAAGCUCUCAGGGGAGUCUGGUCACAUACUUCCGGAAACCAGAACAGUCGUUUACUCCAACGUCACCGUUCUAGGCGAUUUGAACGUUAAAGUUCUCAAUUUGGACAGAAACUCGAAGAUACUUCUGAACGGCGACGAAAUACAUCUUCACGACAUCGUUGAGAACUUCUGGACGAAAUCGACCGAUCAGAUAUUCGAUAACGAUGUUACGUUUGAGAGUAACUUGAUCAUCGAUCGGCUGCAAACGAGAUACUUGAACGGAUUUUCUGAAGAUGAAUUCCUGUACACGACCGGGACGGUAAUUCCAGAAAAUUUCGUGAACUUGCACUUCGAGAACGUUCUCAUCGACAACGCGUUUUUCACGGAAGGAAAGAACGACAGUCUCUUCGACGUCUCUCCUGGAUCAUUAACGAUCCACGAAAGAUUGCACUUGAAGCAUCUACGUGGAAACGAAUUGCACGUGGACGUCUACAACGGACUCCUCGUGUCGGAUAUCCUGAACGGAAGUCAGCUACCCGAUUUCUCAAAGGACAUGAGCUUCUCGAUGGUUCGAGCUAAGCAAGUAGACGUGGAUCGGUUUGAUUUUCUCUCGGAAAAUGGCGUGGAUAGCGUCACGUUCUUGGAAAACGCAGGAGGCGCUUGGAAGGAGCAAGAGAAUUUAAAAAAUAUCACAGUGUUUCGCGUGGAGAAUCUUGAGGUCGAGAGGAUCAACGAUAUCGAGAUGAAGAAGCUAGCUUCGCUGAGGGAUAUGAGGGACUUGAAGAACCUGGUGAUAAACGGUGACCUGACGGUGAAGGGUGACUUGAGAAUCGAGAGGAUCGACGACAGACCAACGGAGAUUUAUCUGAAGAACAUGGCUAAAGGGGACAUCGUGAUCGACACUGAAGAGACCAUCGAGGAACUGAUCGUCCAGGACGCGAGGAUCAGGUCUCUGCAGGGCCACGAUGUGGACAGCUUCUUCGAAGGUGUUCUGUCCAAAUCGAGGGAGCAAAUUAUUUCUGGGAAGUUCUCCUUUUACAAAGUUACCAGUAACAAUGUUUUAACCAAGUUCAUCGACGAUGAAGAUACUUCAAAAUUGAAGUGGAUCGACGAGCCUCUGUUCCUCACAGGGAACGUUACGUUCGACGAUCUGCUCGUGGACGACGUCCUAACGAACACUUUAAAUGGCCACGCGGUCGAGGAAUUGUACGAGAGCUUGCUGGAGGUACCAGUGACGAAGAUCAAGGAUUUAAAAGUGGAUGGAAGUAUCUCUUGGACCAUAGAUUCCUCGCAUCCUGGCUCGUUUACGUCCCUGCUCGAAAACGCGGUGAGCAAGAUCAAGGAUCAAGUCAUCCACGGCGACACCAUCUUUGAAAAUGGCGUGUGGAUGUCGACGGUAGCUGGACAAUGGGAAGAAUUCGACGAAAUACACAGCAUCGUAGCUGACGCGGUCAUCGACGAUGGAAGCGUCUUGGAAGUGUUUGGGGAGAAGAUCUUCAAGGAGAACCUAUCCAUAGAUACUUUAUCCGUAACCAAUAAUAUAGAAAUUCCUGUGAUCAAUAACGUAGAUGUCCUGGAGUUCAACAGUUCCGUGGUCAGGAAGGAUCAGGAUGAAACGGUAACCGGGCCUGUAACCUUCCUCGAAGAAGUCGCGAUCAACGAAAUGAUAGCUGACGACGACGUUCACGGUCUACCCUUGAAGAACUUUGCUUUGGCGAGCGAUAUGCUACCACCCAGGGUGUCCUUUAGAAAUCUGAUGGUGUUGGGAGACGUGUACCUGAAAAAUCUGGACGGCAUAGACUUCGACAGGUUCAUGAAAGAUCGUGUGACCAUCGACGGGGACCACGACGUGUUCGACAACGUGCAAUUCAACGGGAUCGUUGAGAUAACAGGACACGCGAACGUGACAAGAAUCAAUGGAAUAGAUCCUUCAGAUUUGGUCCUCGACGGGACGGAAGAAACGCAACUCGUGUACGGCGCGAAGGUCUUCGAAGAAAGUGUCGUGGUGGCUGGUAACAUCAACGCACCUUUGCUCAAUGGAGUAAACGUAUCCUCUGAGUAUUCGAACGGUGUGCAGAGCGACGAAGACGUGGAGAUUGUCGGAGACCUGAUCUUCGAGUCGGAAGUCGACGUCCCGGAGAACGUGUCAGUUUCUGGACUGGUGAACGGAAUGAACCUUGACAACGUUCUCGACGACCUGAAAACAGUGGAGAACGAAACCCUACGAGCGUUCAAGAGUAACGAAACAGAAAUGGAGAACACCGUCGUGCAGUCCUUGCUGAUCUCUGAGACGUUGAGGAAUGUUUUCUUUGGCCUAGAGGCGGAAGAGACGCUGAAGAUUCAAGUACCCAACAUCAAAACCGUGGAUGUCGUGUAUUAUGAGAAGACAACGAAGCUGAACAUGCACGGGGAAGAACCGGGACCUGCUUGUGGACUACCCCGCCAUUGUUUCUGCCCGACAGAGUACGUGGCUGAAUUGACGGAGAAUGAUUGUCGCGUGAGGAGAACAAACGGGUUCACAACAGCGAGGAACUAUCACGAAUUGGACAAUACAUUUGGCAUAAACGUAAUCACGAACACCGUCUCGUAUAGUCCCCAAUGUACCUUAAACGGAAGCGCGAACGAGUUCACGACGGUCUCCUGGGUGAAUUCCGAAACGUCGAAAAUAAAAGAAGCUAAUUACAAGAUCAGAGGAUUCGUGAAGGAUGCGGCCUUCGUGGCACACGACAAUGGAGCUUUCGUGAUACUGGCAAUAUAUUACGAUGCAUCGCAGGCGACCCACCGUACAGAUUCUCUGAUCUAUAACAUCGAUUUAAAAACUAAUAUUUUAUCGUUGCAUCAAAAACUUCCCACCGACGGUGUCUGGGACAUUGAAGUCUUUCAAACAAACCAUCACGAUAUAUAUUUACUUUUAGGUUGCUUCGAAAAUUCUGAGAAAUCUUUCUUGUACAGGUUGGACGUAACCACGUCCAAGUUCGUGAUGCUGAGAACAUUCGGGGGUAAAACGCGAUACGCGAAGAGUCUGGUACAAGAAGAGGAUCGCUUCGUUUUGCUGGACGACUUCGAUACAAACGCAGUAAACAUUUUCCACUAUGAUCCAGAGUUCGAUAACUUUCACAAUUACCAAAGUCUCUUUCACGAUUCGAGAGUGAAUGGAAUCGAAUGUUUCUACGCGGACGAGUUUGGCAAAAGCGAUUCUUUUCUCGCUGUGGCGACAGAGAACGACCAGUUUUACAUAUACGAAUACAUGUUCGCCCAGAAGUUCCAAAUACGUGUACGUCACCGGAUGGAUGAUCUACGAACGAUGAAACCGUUCUAUUAUUCCGGAAAUCGUUAUAUCUUUAUGGGUACGAGCAGAAAUAGCACAAUACUGCGAAUCGUGCAGCAAGGGCCGCGUUAA